GCUAGCGGCAGGCAGCGCAAGGCAGCGUUGGGCAGCGGCAGGUUGCUUCAAAGUUUUCCUCUGUAUCAAUAGUAUUUUGCACGAGAAAAUUAUGAGUUCUCAUAAAAUGACUGUGUCUGAAAUACUUUUAGAAAGUUUUGACAGUUUUUCAGAUGCAACAGUCGGUUUUGUUAUUGCAGCAGUACUAGGUUAUUGUUUAUAUAAAAUAACAACAUUGCGAGAUUUAAAGGCUUUUAAUGAUUCUAAUAAAUCUUCAGAUAACAUAGUGUACACAGAUGAAUAUGAUAAUUACAAGCUUAUUUUAGUAAUUAGAACUGACUUAAAGAUGGGUAAAGGAAAAGUAGCAGCACAAUGUGCUCAUGCCGCUGUUGCAGCUUAUAAAGCAGCCAAAAAGUAUCCCAAAAUCCUUCAAGCUUGGGAAGAAUGUGGGCAAGCUAAAAUUACUGUCAAAGUGGACAGUGAAGAGGCACUAAAAGAAGUAGCAAAGCAAGCUAGGGCUGUUGGACUUUUAGCAAAUACAAUACAAGAUGCUGGACGCACACAAAUAGAACCAGGAAGCAAAACAGUGUGCGCAGUUGGUCCAGGACCAGCCCCAUUGAUAGAUGAAGUAACUGGACACUUAAAAUUGUUCUAAUGUUUUGACUGAUUUUAUUACUAUAAAUAUAUUUUUUAUUUAUGUAGUAAAAAAAUAAAUACACUGUUAUUGUUCUUUUUAAUGAUAUAA